ACUCUCUCUCCUUGUCACAGCCCAAGUAAUUUGAUCCGGCUGCAGGGCGUGUGACAAGGGAGGAGCGAGAACGUCGCGCUGCAGAGAAGUUGUAGUUUGGUUCCUUUGAGCUUCCUUCCGACGCUUGUAUGACGUUUAAGAAGCCGGAAGUAGGUUGCCAGCUGAUCGCAUUUACAGAUACAAUGUCAGAGGAUUCACAAAGAAAUUUCCGUUCGGUUUACUAUGAAAAAGUUGGGUUCCGAGGAGUGGAAGAGAAAAAGUCACUGGAGAUAUUAUUGAAAGAUGAUCGCUUAGAUAUUGAGAAGCUUUGCACUUUCAGCCAGAGAUUUCCUCUUCCAUCCAUGUACAGGAUUCUUGUUUGGAAGGUACUCCUAGGUAUACUCCCACCACACCAGGAAUCUCAUUCUAUUAUGAUGGAGUAUAGGAGGGAACAGUACCAGGACGUGCACCAUGCCCUACAAGUUAUCCGUUUUAUCAGUGAGACAACGCCCAAGAUUGAGGUAUUUCUCCUCAUGUAUCAUCUAGAGACUGGAAAGCUUUCUCAGUGUCAACCUUAUCCUAUGGAGCCAGAGGAUGACUGUUUCUUGGCCAUAGCAAGCACAAUGGAGGAGAUUGUGGACGAUGAUGUAGACUGUUAUUGGCUCAUUCGAAAUUUUGUAAAUCAUUUAGAUUCAAAGUUUAAGGAUUCCAAGCUUCAGCUGCAUAAAGCUUUUGAGCAUUACUUGAGUCUGGAAGAUAGCAGGUUGGUUGCUCAUCUCAAGGCCAGCAGUGCGCUUGAAAAGCUUCCAUAUGACCUUUGGUUCAAGAAGUGUUUUGCAGGGUGUUUAUCAGCAUCAAGCUUACAAAGGGCAUGGGACAAACUUGUCAGUGGAUCUUGCAAGAUUCUGGUAUUUGUUGCUGUGGAGAUUUUACUAACUUACAAGUUGAAAGUCAUGGCCUUAAAUAAUUCUGAGCGCAUAAAUACGUUUCUGGAAAAGAUUCCAGAAGACAACACUGACUCAAUAGUGAGCAAAGCUAUAGAUUUAUGGCAUAAACACUGUGGAAUUCCUGCUCAUAGUAUUUGACCAUAAGAAAGGCUGGUGUGUAAAUAGUAAUGCUUUUUAUUGUAUUUUAUAAAUGCAUCUAUACAGAAAAUCUCUAAACAGGAGAAAUAAAAUAUGUAAAUAUAAAA